AUGAUCACGAUAUUGUUGAAUUUAGUGUCUUUUCUUUGUUCCCCGAUGGUCGGCCCUCGCCAGCAGCACUUCCGCAAGACGAGAAGCAGAAAUAUGAUGCCGAAUUCGAAAAACAAAUGCAAGAAUAUGAAAAGGAACGGCAAAGGUAAGUGUACUUUUUUUCAAAUUUUCAUCUCUCGUGUUCCAGUAAUAAAUUUCGACUUGUCACCUUUUGUGCAGUUUUUCUCAGUGUGUGUUCCUCAAAAUCGCUGCUGCUAA